AUGGUAGCAAUUAUGAAGUCUCCGCUCUCAAUUGCGCUUUCUGUCGCGAGCAUUCUUUCGCCGGUAUGGAGCGCUGGUACUUUUACACCAGAGGCCAUGCUCAGUAUCGAUAGACGAGGUAGCGCCCUUCCUAACGAUGCUGGAACUCUCGCGUUCUCGGCUGGAAACCAAUAUAACUUUACUACUCACAAGCGGAAAUAUUAUUUAAAUGUGUUGGAUUUGGCUACGGGAUCGAAAACACUAAUUAGCAACUCGAGCGCCGAUAGUAAUCCUGUCUGGCUGCCUGGUUCGGAGACCAAGUUUGUGUGGUUUCAUUCUGAGGACGAUGGAUCGACUACGGUUAAUGUGGGUGAUGCUUCCACUCCUGAUGCCGACUGGAUCAAUUCCAGGCGCCGUUGA